AGUUGAGCAGAGGGAGAAGAGUUGGGACAAGUGUGUGUGCGGGCGAGGGUGUGUUUGUUUCGUUUCUUUCGUGUGCAUGAGGCAACAGCUGGAUUACUCAGAGCCGUGACAAUGGAGAAGCCACGUCUGCAGACGCAGCAGAGUGGUGUCCCUCGCCAGACGUGCCCUGCCCGCGGAGCUGACUGCUGAGGAGGGCCCUGGCGCCCGGGUCCACCAGAAGCAACAUGAACCUGGUCAGCGAAGACAUGAGUGACACCAUGGAUAACCUGGACACCCGAGAGCUGGACUUCGGGGAUGAGGAGGAGGUGGACUUACCCCACACAGGAGACUCCCGCAUCCCCUUCACAGCCGUGUACCAGACAAUGGGCUUCAAAGAGGCCGAGGCCAAGAUCUACCUGGUGACCAUGCCAAUCACCGCCAAGAUUCUGGAAGUGGAGCGCACCGCAACGGCACAUGACCGCUUCACCCAGAGGGGUGCUUCCAAGAUGGCAGCGGUAUUUAAGAUUGAGCUGCGGCAUGGCACCUUUACCUGGGAGGUGAAACGGAAGCAGAAGCAUUUCAUGGAGCUGCACAGGGAGUUGCUACGCUACAAAACCCUUAUGAGGAUUCCCCUACCUUCCCGCAGUCACACAGUGAGGAGGAAGAGCAUCAGGAAGAGUGAGGCAAGGCAGAUGCCCAACCUGCCACGAGGAGGAGACGACCUGGCCAGAGAGGAGCAGGUGUCCAGCCGGAGGAGACAACUGGAAGACUAUCUGAACAAGCUGCUGAGAAUGUCCAUGUACAGGCAGUACCAUGCCACAAUGGAGUUUAUCGAUGUGAGCCAGAUGUCCUUCAUUCAUGACUUGGGACCAAAAGGCUUAGAGGGGAUGAUCCACAAAAGGUCUGGUGGACAUCGCAUCCCAGGAAUCAACUGCUGCGGUCAGGGCAAGGUCUGCUACCGCUGGUCAAAAAGGUGGCUGGUGGUCAAGGACUCCUUUUUGCUGUACAUGAAGCCAGACACUGGGGCCAUCUCCUUUGUGCUCCUGUUGGACAAGAAGUUCAGGGUCAAAAUGGACUCCAAAGAGACAGAGACGCGUCACGGGGUGAGGAUCGACAGCCUCGGCAGGACACUGGUGAUCAAAUGCAAUAGUUACCGGCAUGCACGCUGGUGGGGGCAGUCCAUUGAGAACUUUGUGCGGGAGCAUGGCAAGCCCUUCCUCAGGGACCAUCGCUUUGAAUCUUUCGCUAGAGAAGAGAAGAACAUCCUAGCCAAAUGGUAUGUCAAUGGUAAAACAUACAUGGAGGACCUAGCCAAUGCUAUGGAGGAGGCGAGAGAGGAGAUCUUUAUUACUGACUGGUGGUUGAGUCCGGAGAUCUUCCUCAAGCGGCCGGUGGUGGAGGGCAAUCGAUGGCGAUUAGACUGCAUUCUUAGACGGAAGGCACAACAAGGGGUGAAGAUCUUUGUCAUGCUGUACAAGGAAGUGGAGCUGGCACUUGGCAUCAACAGUGAAUACAGCAAGCGGACACUUAUGCACCUACACCCUAACAUCAAGGUGAUGAGACAUCCUGAUCAUGUCUCGUCCUCUGUUUAUCUCUGGGCACAUCAUGAAAAAAUUGUGGUUAUUGACCAAUCCGUGGCCUUCGUUGGGGGGAUUGACCUAGCCUACGGUCGCUGGGACGACAAGGAGCAUCGACUGACAGAUGUAGGAAGUGUCACCCGAGCCGUCACAAUGGCGCUUGAACAGCCCGCAGACGCGCCUGACCACGGAAUGGCCCCCGCAGGCGACGCAGGGCAGAUCAACGGGCGCUCGGCCAGCGGAGCAGGAAGGCUGGACCUGGUGGACCAGCCCAAAAUCAAGGGCGUGGGGCGCACACGCAAGAGCCGCUUCAGCCUCUACCGACACCUCCACCGUCACCAUGCCGACAGCGUGGACAGCGUGGACAGCUCAGACGACCGAGGAGGCUCAAUGCGUAGCCUCCAGACAGGCGUAGGAGAGCUGAUUGGAAACACGCGUUUCUGGCACGGCAAAGACUACUGCAACUUUGUCUACAAAGACUGGGUCCAACUGGAGAAACCUUUUGAUGAUUUUAUCGACAGGUACACAACCCCGAGGAUGCCCUGGCAUGAUAUUUCCUCAGUGGUUCAUGGGAAGGCAGCUCGAGAUGUGGCAAGACAUUUCAUCCAGCGCUGGAACUUCACAAAGAUCAUGAAGCCAAAGUACAGGUCGCUCUCCUACCCAUUUUUACUGCCCAAAUCCCACACCACAGCCAGUGAACUGAGAUACCAAGUGCCAGAGUGUGUUCAGACUAAAGUGCAGGUGCUGCGCUCCGCUGCAGAUUGGUCUGCCGGUAUAAAGUACCAUGAGGAGUCCAUCCACAACGCCUAUCUCCAGGUCAUCGCCAAGAGCAAGCAUUUCAUCUACAUCGAGAACCAGUUCUUCAUUAGCUGUGCUGAUGGCAGGCAGGUCUACAACAAGAUCGGCGACGCUCUCAUUGAGAGGAUCCUCAGAGCUCACAAGGAGAAUAAGAAGUUCCGUGUGUACGUGGUGACGCCACUGUUGCCAGGCUUCGAGGGUGACAUCACCACAGGCGGUGGCAAUGCCCUUCAGGCCGUCAUGCAUUUCAACUACAGAACCAUGAAUAGAGGAGACUAUUCCAUCAUCUCACAGCUGAAGAAAGAGAUGGAUAACCAGUGGAUGAACUACAUCUCCUUUGCUGGCCUGCGUACACAUGCUGAACUGCAGGGACACCUGGUGACGGAGCUCAUCUAUGUCCACAGCAAGCUGCUCAUCGCCGACGACAACACCGUCAUCAUCGGCUCGGCCAACAUCAACGACCGCAGCAUGUUGGGGAAGCGGGACAGCGAGGUGGCCGUGAUCAUGGAGGACACAGAAACCGUCCCCUCGGUGAUGGACGGAGAAGAGUACCAGGCUGGGAAGUUUGCCCUGGGGCUCAGGCUAGAGUGCUUCAAAACGAUCCUGGGUGCUUUCUCUGACCCCACCAUCGACGUGUCCGACCCAAUCAGCGAUCACUUCUACAAGGAGGUCUGGAUGACCGUAUCAGGACGGAACGCCACCAUUUAUGAGAAGGUGUUCAACUGUCUGCCGUCCAGCCUGGUGAGGAACAUGCAGGAGCUCAUGGAAUUCAAAACGAAGACAGGGCUGGACAAAGAUGACCCAGCCAAGGCUCAAGAGCUGCUGAAGAAGAUCCGUGGGUUCCUCGUCCAGUUCCCCAUGGAGUUCCUCAGCGAGGAGAACCUCACACCCUCCGUGGGUACCAAAGAGGCCAUGGCGCCUACAGAACUUUGGACCUGAGUCUGACCCCUCCUGGACCUCACUGGACCACCACUGACACCAGCGAAAAGGGAAUCUUUCCUGUUUCCAGAACAUUUCCUGUACUGUUUUUCUAAGCAACAUAUGGUUCCUCCAGUGAAGCUCUGUGACAUUUGUCAGAAACAAAUGAUUUGUACAAUUCUUUGUCAUUUUAUAAAUGGCAUGUAUUUAUACGUCAGAAUCCCUUAAA